AUGGAUCAUUCGAACGGACAUGCAGAGGCGGGAUUUUCAGUGAAGAAACUGGAACCCGUUCAAGUUCUUCCUUCUGGAAAGACUCCAGGGGGUUUGUAUUUGCUAUCAAAUCUGGACCAAACAUUUCCUUAUCCCAUUGAGAUUUUGUUUGCAUGUUGUCUUGACACAGACUGGGGUGGCAAAAUGAUGGUGAAUUGCACCGGAGACGGGGUGCCGUUCGUGGAAGCUUUUAGUGAGGAUGAAAUAGAAGUUCUUGGAGAUCUUACCAUAGCCGAUCCUCUCAAGCUAAGGAAGCUUAUCCAUUUUAAUGAGACAGCUCAAAAUAUAUUAGAAGUUCCACCAUUGACAGUUCAGUUUCUAUCUCCCUCUCCGCCACAACCACAAAGUCGGCACCGGCACCACGGGCGAGAGAUAUGUCUGCUCGGAGGUUGCCAUCGCGCUUCCAUAUUUCGUAAGUAUCGGAGGGGGCUAUUUUCCGAUGAAUCGCAAGAUGGAGGUCUCGAAAUGGAAGGAGAUCUUCAUUUAGAAGUCACGCAUGCGACGGAGGGCAACAACUAG